GGUUGGAGACUGAACAUGUCCAAGCCAGGCCUUGUAAUGUAGGACAUUUUGCAUGUGCUCCGAGGGCUUUGGCGUUGUUGCAGGACAUCAUUUGAAGGAGACGAAGAAAAUCAGCGAGAAGGGUCUGAACAGAUUGUGCUGCAGCCUGGAGUCAUGGCACUGACAUGCAUCUCCUAAGCCCGCUCUGUUAUAAUGACUUUGGGCAAUUAGCAAAGCUUGCACCUGUCUUUGUGUUGUGCAUGUAGAAGUGAGAGUUGCUGGCAUAGUGGUGCAGUCUUUUCAGGAAAGUCAGAGCCCUCCUUCAUAAUCUAUCCCUACUGGACGAGUCUUAACUUCGCAGAAAAGGCAUCUGUAGUCACAAUUGUAGCCACACACUGAUAUUUAAGAACUUCAGCUAAAUCAUGGGGAACCUUUUCGGGAAUUUGCUGAAGAGCCUCAUAGGGAAGAAGGAGAUGAGGAUCUUGAUGGUGGGGCUCGAUGCUGCAGGAAAAACAACAAUCCUCUACAAGCUCAAACUUGGGGAAAUAGUCACCACCAUCCCAACCAUUGGGUUUAACGUGGAGACGGUGGAGUACAAGAACAUCAGCUUCACUGUGUGGGACGUGGGUGGGCAGGACAAGAUUCGCCCCCUCUGGAGACACUACUUUCAGAACACACAGGGUCUAAUCUUUGUGGUGGACAGUAACGACAGAGAGCGUGCGAACGAAGCACGAGAGGAGCUGAUGAGGAUGCUGGCUGAGGACGAACUGAGAGAUGCGGUCCUCCUUGUGUUUGCCAACAAACAGGACUUACCGAACGCCAUGAACGCUGCCGAGAUCACAGACAAGUUGGGCUUACACUCCCUGCGUCACCGUAACUGGUACAUCCAGGCCACCUGCGCCACCAGCGGCGACGGCCUCUAUGAAGGUCUCGAUUGGCUGGCCAAUCAACUCAAGAACAAGAAAUGAGAAGAGAACUGGAACAAGCAGCCAAACCCGUCCAACUUUUUCCUUGUUUUGGGAAUGGGGUGGCGAGUUAGGUACAGGGGUUUUGAUCAAUAGGUGAAAAGCAAGAUUCUGGGUUUUGGGGAGAUUAUAGCUUUCAUUUUCAGUCUGUUGAGGUUCCCUUAUUAAAAGCAGAUUCUCAUAUACUUCAUAUUUAACCACUCACACACACACAAAUGCACACUAAACGUAAGCAAUCACAGCAGACACUUGCCUUUCCUGUGUCCACCUCUUGUCCUUAGGUGCAAUGUACUGUAUGUUUGUCUCUAGGUGCUGUACCAAGUUGUGUGUGACUCCACUGAGUCAGCAAUGAGUCAAAUAUGACUUUUUGUUAAUGUAUGUCUUUCAACUGUCCUCCAUACAAAGAACUCAUCUUUGUCAGUUGCACUUCCUGUUUUCGUGUCGUUUUUUUUUUUUUUUUUCCUAACAGAGCCAUGAUUGGGAACAAUCACAGCUAGCUGAUUUUAAUGUGUGAGCAAUGCUGAGGCUCUUUGAUACUCAGAUAAAGAUUGUGAGUGUGACUACAUACUGUAUGCGUUUGUGCAAGCGGCCCGGUCAGUAUUACUAAUGAAAUAGACAACAGGACUGGAGUUUCCCCUGUCACACGUCCUCUUACUGCCUCAUUUUGAAAAUCUUUUGAUAUCUGUGGCGUGUUUUUACUCCUUCCGUGGCAACCCAGAGCAUUGAAGCCGCCCUUUUUAAAUAUUUUAAAACGCACACGUUAUCGACCGACUGAGCUGCAUGCAUCCUCGUUGAUCUCGCUGACAUUGUUGCGUACUUUCCCACCCUCAGAGCUGCAUGCAUGUUGACGCUGUUUGUGGAUUUGUUUCUAACGGCCCUUAUCGUGUUCUGCUGCUGUUAACAGUAGGAUGCAGAAACUGACCAAACCACCAAUUUCUGCAUUUAGUUGUCAACAUGUGCUAGGUACAGUAUAGUCAGCUUUAUGGUCUUUUUAACGUGAAAGCAGUAAACAAAUCUCAACACUCUUGACCUGCACAGCUGUUGCUUGUCUGCCUUCAUGUGGGUCCAUACGAGUACUCAAACUGCAUCAGGUUGCUCUCGCUUUGUGUGUUUUUGUCUCAGAUUGGCAUAUCGGGGGGGAAGAUAACUUUGUGUUACUGAAUGUGAAUAUUGUUGAUGAUUCUAUAAAUGGCUGUAAUAUUUAUUUGACAUAUACAUUCCUUUAUUGCCGUGAUUAUUAUGUGAAUGAAAGCAGGGUAAGCUGACCAAUUCACUCAUCAGCACAUCCGCGACUCACUUCUGAACAGCUGACAAGUCGCUGCGUCACCACUGAUACCAGCAGAAUCCACAGAUGUCUGUUAAUACAACGACUUCUUGUGUGCCAUACAUGGGUACUUUUACUCAUAUACCAGUGACAGUACAACAUACUCUAAAUCCACUCCACCAAGUUAUGAGUGCAUUGUUCAUACUCAGCAUAUAUGUUAAUCAUGAGUUUGAUCAUUUGGGUUAUGUGGCCUUAUAUUUAGUGAUAUCUUUUAAUUGAUUUCUUCUCAGCUUGUUCGGUUCUGAUUUUGAGUCACAUAUAUUUAUCUGUACUGAAUGAUUUACAGCUUUAUUUCUCUAUGCUGUCAAAAGACAACUUUUGCACCACAGCUCAAGAUGAUUAGGCAAAAGUUUUGUUCUUUUUUUCUGCAAGUUUACUUGAUUCAUAUUUGGUGGUAGAUUUCUUAGUUUUCUUUGGGGGGUGGGGGUGUAAAGAAACAUUGAUGUAGACUGUGUCUGUGAAACAGUGAUAAUCAGUGCGAACAAAAAUAAAAAAGCUUGAUUCAUUCUGUACCGUUAUAGUUACAUUUAAAAACGGUGAAGACUAUGUUUCAAUGCUGAAUGCAAGGAAACAUCUGUAUGUGAUGUAAGACAAAAAAACUAAAUCCUGCUGUAUUAAAAAUAAACCCAUUUUCUCUA